GGAGUCUUUAUCAAAGAGAACUAGGCUUCCGCAAAUAUUGAAGUUAGAAGAGAAAAGAUCAUUUCUCUUUCUGGUUCAGAAUUAGUGUAUGUGAUAAAAAAACAAAAUAGGAGAGGUGUUUUUAUAUACACCACAGAAUUCCAAGAGCUAGCAGCUUUUGUAGAACGUGCUCUUACAAAUUAGAAGUGUUCCAAAAGAGAGAAACUAUAGUAACACCUAUUUAUAUUCAACAACCAAAAAAAAGAAAAAUCAGACUACAGUCAUUCUCACACAUGGCUACAAUGGAAAUUCCUACAUUACUAGUCAUAAUUUUCAUAAUUUUCAUAAUGAUAAUUAGAAGGAAGAAAAAAACACUGAAUUAUCCUCCUGGAAGUUUUGGAUGGCCAUUUCUUGGAGAAACACUGGACUUUCUUCGAGCAGCAAACAAAGAAGGAAAGCCAGAAAAAUUCGUCAAAGACAGAAUAGAGAAAUACAAGUCUAAAAUAUUCAAGACUUCAUUAAUGGGUGAGAAAAUGGUGGUAUUGGGUAGUGCUAGUGGGAAUAAGUUUUUAUUUAGCAAUGAAAACAAGCAAGUCACAGUUUGGUGGCCUGUAACUAUUAGGAAAAUUCUAGGAAGUUGUUUGAUUACUACCGUUGGAGAUGAAGCCAAGCUCAUGAGGAAGAUGAUUUCUUCUUUUAUUAGCCCUGAUGCGUUUUCAAGACUAUAUAUCAAAGCCAUGGAAGUUGUUGCCCACGACCAUUUUAAGAAUUAUUGGGAAGGUAAAGAGGAGGUGAAGGUGUUUCCUCUAGUCAAAUUAUACACUUUCAAAGUGGCAUGUCAGCUAUUCAUGAGCAUUGAAGACGACACAGAAAUUGAAAGGCUUUCUGCACAGUUCCACAUUUUCUUGAAAGGACUUAUAUCACUCCCUCUAUAUUUACCCGGUACAGCAUUUUACAAGGCAGCAAAAGCAACAGAUGCUAUCAGAAAAGAACUAUUGCAAGUUGUCCGAAAAAGAAGAGAAGACUUGGAACAAAAGACAGCUUCACCUUCACAAGAUAUUUUGUCUUAUUUGUUGUCCUGCCCAGAUGAAAAUGGAAAGUUCAUGUCUGAACUUGUUAUUGUUAAUAACAUAUUGUUGCUACUCUUUGCUGGCCAUGACACUUCAUCUGUCACUCUUACUUUACUCAUUAAGAGACUCAUGGAGUACCCUCAAGUUUAUGAAAACAUCCUGCAACACUACAACAAAUUCGAUUAUCAGAAACAAAUAAUUUCGUCACCUAUAAGUCAUAUUUCGUCACCAAAAAUCUUGUGUGACGAAAAAAAAAAUUUAGAUAAUCAUUCGUCCUUAUAA